GCGGGGGACGCACGCGGCCCCGGGCAACCGCGACCGGCGCGGCACGACGACCCCCGACUCGCUGGGCGCGCGCUCGCGGCCCUGUGGCCGGCAGCCAUGAAGAUGGGCGCCCCCUGGACGCGCUUCUACUCCAACAGCUGCUGCCUCUGCUGCCAUGUCCGCACGGGCACCAUCCUGCUGGGCGCCUGGUACCUGGUGGUCAACGCCGUGGUCCUGCUGAUCCUGCUGAGCGCCCUGGCCAACCCAGACCACUACCAAUUCUCCAGCUCGGAGCUCGGGCAGGAGUUUGAAUUCAUGGAUGAUGCCAACAUGUGCAUCGCGAUCGCCAUCUCUAUCCUCAUGAUCCUGAUCUGUGCCAUGGCCACGUACGGCGCGUACAAGCAACAUGCUUCUUGGAUCAUCCCGUUCUUCUGUUACCAGAUCUUUGAUUUUGCGCUGAACGCCUUGGUUGCCGUCACCGUGCUGGUGUAUCCAAACUCCAUCCAGGAAUACAUCCGGCAGCUGCCUCCCAGUUUCCCCUACAAAGAUGAUAUCAUGUCAGUGAAUCCUGCUUGCUUGGUCUUUGUUAUUCUCCUGUUCAUCAGCAUCAUCUUGACUUUCAAGGUUUACCUGAUCAGCUGUGUCUGGAACUGCUAUCGGUAUAUCAACGGGCGCAACAACUCUGAUGUCCUGGUUUACGUGACCAGCAAUGACACAACGGUGCUGCUUCCCCCCUAUGACGAUGCCAGUGUCGGUGGUGCUGCCAAGGAGCCACCCCCGCCCUACGUGUCCGCCUGAGCCCGGCCGGCCGCCUCCCCGCUGCAGCGCUGUCCUCGGCCUCCGUGGAGAUGUCGGGGUGGACCUGCCAGCAUCUGCCCGAGACCCUCGUGGGGGUGGCAGGCGUCUGCGCUGUCAGCCCAGAACCGGAGCAGCCUGCGUCCUCCCUGCUGGGCCCCAGAGCCCUGGCACGAGCCCCCAGUUCCUGUCCCCUUGGUUUCCGG